CUGGCGGCUGUCGCGAUGACGCCAGCGACCGCCUCCCCGGGCGUGCCGAGCGGGGCUGGCGCCUCCUGCCUUCCGCCGAGCGCCGCCGCGCCGGGGCCGCUCCCAGUGCUCUGCUCCGGAACCGGACGCGGGGCAGGACAGCGCCGCAGCCGCAGCGGUCUGUGCGGCAGGAAGCGCCGCCCGGCAGCGUGGCGCCGGCGCCGCCCCGCACCGGUCACGGGAGCGGGGCUGCCGCUCGCCAUGGCUGUCUCCUGUGCCAUGUGGCUCCAGGACCCGGUGGAGUGGGUGCUGUGCCCCCAUGACGUCCAUCACCGCGUUCCGCGGGCGUCGCUGGAGCGGCACGCCGCGUCCUGCCGGCUCCGCAAGAUGGGCUACUCCGCCGAGGAGGAGGCUGAGAUGUACGACUCCAGCUUCUUCUACGAAAACCUGAAGGUGCCUACCGUCGCCAUGGAUAAAGACCUACAGUUUCACAUUGUUAAGCAAGCUAGAGCUCAGAGUGUGAAAGAAGGUAGAGGCUACAGUGAAGGAUCUUACUCUUCACUGCCUGUAGAAGUUCCUCAAAAUCACAAACGUUUCACCUGUGAUCUGACUCAAGCCGAUCGCCUUGCUCUUUAUGAUUAUGUUGUUGAGGAAACAAAGAAGCAGAGGUCAAGAUCCCAAAUAACAGAAAAUGACAGUGAUCUCUUUGUGGAUUUAGCAGCAAAAAUCACCCAAGAUGAUAGUCAGAAAGGUCCCAAGUCCCAUCUUGAAAUUCUGGCUGAAAUGCGAGACUACAAAAGGCGGCGGCAGUCAUACAGGGCUAAGAACGUUCAUAUAACAAAGAAAUCUUACACUGAGGUGAUCCGGGAUGUGAUUGGUGUGCAUAUGGAAGAACUCAGUAAUCACUGGCAGGAGGAGAGUAGGUUGGAUAAUGCAGAGAUAUGUGAAGGAGGGAAGUCAAAAUCUUCAGGAAGAAAAGAAGACAGGAGGUCAGCUUCAGCAGACUCUCGGCAGUCUGGAGGAAGCUCUAAGGACACAGAGCGCACCAGGCACAGGAGAGAGAGCAGCAGGAGUCCAAGUAAACGGAAAAGGAGUUGUGAAAGAGGCAGAGAUUCUCGGAGAAGAAGAGAGAGGGAUGAAGACAAGCAUCACAGCCAUAAAAGAAGAAAGUAGGAACAAGACCCUGAUUGUCUUUGUCAGCUGUGCCCAAAACUAUCCACACAGGAACUAUCAUUACAGCUGUUCUGCCAGGGACAGUAAUGCCAUGUGCUGGUGUUACAUGGGUUGGUGUUGCAUCACAGCCGUGCUUGGAGGCAAAUCCAAGCCACUGUUAAUGUCUGUCAGGAUGAGAGCAGUACAGUAGGAGGAAAUGUGUAAAUCUGUAACACUAUUGCAUUUAUUAAAGAAAUACAGAUUUCUUUCA